AUGAAUGCGGAAAAAUUACUAAAAUCGGAGCCUAUGGAAAUUCCAAGCUGCGUGCGUAACUAUACCAAUGAGUAUAGAAUCCAGCAAAGAACGCUAGGUCCACAAAUAGCACAACAAAAACAAAACAACGAGGCGGAUUCGUUUUCACAGAAUCCAAGGCCUGUUUUCACUGGGCCUGUCAGUCAGUCGGUUGGCUUUCGCACAACCCUGGCCUGUUUUCACUGGGCCAUCAAGUCUGGUCGGCUUUCGCACAACCAAGGGCCUGUUUUCACUGGGCCUGUCAGUCAGUCUGGUUGGCUUUCGCACAACCAACACAAAACAACAAGAGUCAGAACAACACUGGAAACAAAUUGUGUGACUUUAGUACGCGUGCGAAACUAUGCCAAUGAGCAUAGAGUCUCCUACCAAAUCCACUUUUGA